GUGGGUGUUUGAAACAACCAGGAAAUGCUGAACUGUCAGUGCAGUGCUGCGAACUGGAAAUAUUGAUAUUUCGUCUCAAUUGGAGUUCACUUCACUAUAAACAUGGAGCAAGAGGUUUUGCGUUUGAAGGAGCAACUCAUGCAAAAGGACAAAGAAUUAGUUACCCUCAGGAAUAAGCUUGCUCCGUUAGAUAAGUUGUCUACAAAUCACUGUUUAUCAACGCAUCCCCUGGACAAAGUUACACCUUUACAACCACUCGCACCCAAAACCGCAUUGACAAAUGAAGACAUUAUGCGAUUUAGUCGCCAACUACUCUUGUCGGACCUGGGCGUAAAAGGCCAGCUAAAGUUAUCCCAGACAUCAGUUUUGGUGGUAGGAUGUGGAGGACUGGGCUGCCCUUUGGCACAGUACUUGGCAGCCGCAGGAAUAGGGCGCCUCGGCCUUCUGGACUAUGAUGAUGUGGAGCUGAGCAAUCUGCACCGCCAGGUCCUCCAUUCAGAACUGACCCAGGGUCAGCCCAAAUCACAAUCUGCUGCUCAGGCCAUAACAAGGCUGAACUCCACAGUCCAGUGUAUUCCAUACCACCUCCAGCUCUCCCCUGAGAACGCCCUGCAGCUCAUACAACAGUAUGACAUCGUGGCUGACUGCUCAGACAACGCCCCCACACGCUACCUGGUCAAUGACGCCUGCGUGCUGAGUGGGAAACCUCUAGUGUCGGCCAGUGCACUGCGAAUGGAGGGACAGCUCACAGUCUACAACUACAAUGGUGGCCCUUGCUACAGGUGUCUUUACCCUGUGCCUCCCCCUCCGGAGACGGUCACCAACUGCUCAGAUGGUGGUGUCCUUGGGGUCGUGCCAGGAAUCAUGGGAUGUCUUCAGGCACUGGAAGUUCUGAAGAUUGCUUCUGGCCAAGGCUCUUCUUAUGGGCAGCAGCUGUUGAUGUUUGAUGGCCAGGGCUCUCGCUUCCGCUCCAUCCGGUUACGGCCGCGGCAGGCAGGCUGUGCGGUGUGCGGGGAGCAGCCCUCUGUCACACAGCUGCAGGACUACGAGGCCUUCUGUGGCGCCGCGGCAACAGACAAGUGUCGAAGAUUGAACCUCCUGCCCAAAGAACAGAGGGUUACGGUAAAGGAAUAUAAGUCCAUAUUGGACAGUGGAGAUCCACAUAUCCUGCUGGAUGUCCGGCCCACAGUGGAAGUGGAUAUUUGCCAUCUGCCAUUUUCUCUCAAUAUUCCCUUGUCCAGCCUGGAGGAUAGGAAGGCUGAGCACGUGGAGCUGCUGAGGGAGAGGAUCACACAGCUGAAGCAGCAGCUGGAGGCUCAGGCACACCUACCAGUGUAUGUGGUUUGUAAACAGGGCAACGACUCCCAAAAGGCAGUGCAGCUCCUGGAGCAGAUGUCAGGUCAGGAGGUGGAGUCUGUUACCGUAAAGGAUAUCAGCGGAGGCUUGAUGGCCUGGGCCCAGAAGAUCGAACCCUCAUUUCCGCAGUAUUAGAGACUGGUCACCACCAUUUCACCUUGUCGUCUUGUUUGUUUAACCACACAAUCAAUAAAUCUUUCUUAUUA